CGCUGGGUUUGCCACCAUUCGCAGCUAUGGGGCUGCACUUGUGCCUCUUAAUGUUGUUGGUGGGAGCGAUGCUGAAUGAGGCGGCGUCUGAACUCCCAAUUCCGCACCAGAUUCUUCAGAAGCAGAUGGAUCUCGUGAUCCCUCCAAGGAUACUGCGUGGCAAAAUAAACUCCUCAAUCAAAGGCGAUGGAUCUAAAAGUGAAGAUGGAAUCGGUCCAAGCGAAACACAAGCACACAUCUCGCGGUCGGCGGUUAAACGAGGAACGGUUGCAAGUGAUACACAGGCUCCAGUCUUCACCGUGGAACUCAGGAACAAAAUGAACCGUGCAACACAAAUCCCAACAUUGGCCGCAGGAAGAGAUGGAGAUGGUAUAAAAAUGAGUACUAAAACAUCCCCUCCUCAAGCUACUGUAUUCAAUUUCACCUCCAAACCAGUGAAAUCUGGAAUGCCUCCCAAAUUUACGAAUGUUUCUGCCAAAGCAAAUCUUCACAAAGGCGUAAAUGAUACCACUUUAGCCUCUGCGUAUAGAACACCUCUGAGGGCGUUAUUAAACAGCGGGGGCAUUCACGCAUUGACCACAUCUCAACGGUCACCCAAAGGCAAUGAAUUCGAGGUGGCAGACAGAGACACAAAAUUCAAAAUCUCCAAACACAAAGCUGAAUACGACCACUCCAUUAUAGCAAACGAUCACGAGGCUCACGGCGAGACGGAAUAUGCUGGCAAAUCUAAUUUGGCGCCGGAUCAAAAAGCGACGUCUCCGAGCGACGCUCGCCCGUUGGCAGCGGCUUCGCGCGUGCCGGUGCUUGGAGGUGGCGGCAGGGGGCGCCAGCGCUCCGCUGAGCGGCCGCUCCACGCGGACCGCGAGAGCCGCCAGGGCCCCAGCCACGACCCGACACUGCACUGGUCCCAGCUCAUCUCGGAUUUCCUGAAAUACCAACGGCGCUUUCGCGGCCGAACCCGCAAAGGGUCGCGGAUGAACGGCGGCGGGCGGUUGGGCCGACGCCACGAGGAGCCCAACGGCAAAGCGCGCCGGCAGCUCGGCGGCCCGGGCGGCUACGCGGUGGUGUCGCGAGCAUUGCUUCGACGGCGGGAGCACGAGGCGAGCUGGGAUCGCACCGCCUUGUCGAGGCAAGCGUCGAGGAAAAUCGGCCUCGUGAAUCGCAGGGCGCUGCAGGAAGACGGGAAAGCGCGCAAGAAAGGUCGGGAGGCCAGAAAGGGGCGAAACGGUUGUUUUGGGUUGAAGAUAGACCGCAUCGGAACGUCGACACGACUCGGGUGCUAAGUCCAUGCGGCACGUUCACAAUGUGGUUGAUUACAUCCCGUUUGGAUCCAUUUCCGCGUAAACUAAUUGGGAAACUAUUAGAUGUUUUUUUUUGUUGCAAGGCUAUACUGUAUAGGAUAAACUAAUCAUUUACUCUGAAGCAUGCAAUUAAUCUGCCUUGAUUGAAGACUCUGAGACCCUUGUGCUGAGGAUCGAAACCUAAUUGACUUUUUUUGUAAUCAUCUACUGAAACUGGAUUCGGAAACUAAAGCAACAUGACAAAAGCCAAAGUGUCUCUCAUGGUGCUUGCCUCGGUGAGCAGCUUUGAGCCAGUGGUGGACAUUCCACAUUAUUUUGGUGGAUUCCAAUCUGUCCCAGUGACAACCACUGUUCGUGACCACUAUUGACAUCCCGAAAAACUUAAACUCAAACCCUUUAUUUACAUUGUAAGUCGAGCAAUCUGGCACAACGCUUCCCGGCCGGAGGAAGCAGAAUGAAUGCAUGUACAUCAGAAUAUUUGUGUUUUUUAUGUGUGAAGCAUAAUGUUAAAAAAAAAACUGUUAUGAUUAAUAAUCGAUUUUUUUGGAUCAGAUCGCGUGAGUAAAAACAAAUGGCAAUGUGUGCCAUGCACCCUCCUCCACCCGAUACAGCCAAGUAAAUGAAGUUGUCAUACGAACGAAAACGUCAAUGUUUUUUUUGUUUAAAUUGUGGAAAUCGCCUGAUGCUGGAUGUAAGCUACCAGUGAAACACGGAGCUUCUUGAAUUGCUGCGAAUCGCUCUUCAUCAGCAGCGGAGUGCUGAAGCAGUAAUACAUCGGCAUGUUUGUUCACGUGACAAGUUUGAUUAUAUAGUUGGGUGGAAGGGGGGUAUGAUGCACAUAAGCAUCUGACCCACAGAAUGGUUAAUCAUCAGCCACUUGUAGCGGUUUCAGUAGGUUUUGUAGCGAGUGCAGUAUUUAAACAUCACUUUUGUGUGCAGAGAAGUUUGUGACAUCUGAUACUGAUGGAAGUUAAUUGUUGGUGCACCUAGGUAGCUUUAUUCUGAAAGACAAGCCCCUGAUUUCAGAGAUUGGAGCAAUGCUUUCCCAAAAAGGUGGUCGUGGCCCUGUUUAGCAAAAUUAAUUCAAGAAUGGCUGUGGUUGAUUGCGGAGUUCUGUAACAGCAACUCUCCAAGGUUCCCCGAAUGGGGUUCUACCUGUUUACCCCAGUGGCGUGCGAUGAGGUCAAUGGCUGGGGAGGCACUGCCUCGUGUCAGAGCCAGAGUCACACACUGAGGGGGGCGUGGCCUCACUGA